UUAUGGUUUUCUGGCCUGCAGGCAGCUAGCUUUGCUGCAACAGCUUCAGCUUCUGGUACAGCAGCAACAACCUCAGAUUUUUGCAAUCUUCUGAAAACUGAUCCAGUAGCAGUUAUUUCUAAGGGAUUGGGUAAAAGGUAGCAUGUCAGAACUUCACCAGGCUGCAGCAUCGGGCAACUGCGAUUUAGUGGACGAGAUCCUCAGGAAAGGGCAGUGUGAUCCAAAUGGCCAAGACCCAGACUGGAAUGACAGGACUCCACUGCACUGGGCAGCAAUCAAAGGAUGCAGCCACUCACGACAGGGGCGUAAUGAGGCAGCCCUGGGCAAAGCCUGGCAAGCCUCCAAGAACGUCACGGAUAGUGAAACCACUUGUGAGCAUGGAGCCUGGCUGUGCCUGAGAACAUACGCUGGAUGGACCCCGCCAUUUGCUGCUGAGUUGGGGAGGCUGGGUGUGCUCAGGACGCUGCAUUCUUUGCACGCUCCGGUGGAUGCGACUGAUCUCUACGGGGAUACACCAAAGCGGAUGGCAGAGAUCUACGGUCACAAAGACUGCGUCAAGUUCUUAGAAAGGGCAGAAGCAGAGUGCAGGGGCUAUCGCCAGGCAGCCAAAUUAAAGGGUGUCCAGUUGGAUGAAAUUGAUGAAGAGUGGGAGCUGAAGAAGGACGAACUCUUGAAAAGUGAACCCCCCCGGCAGAAAAAAACCACCAAGAAGUGUGCAAAAAAAGGCGGAUAUUGAAUUCCUUAGAACUGAGCAACAAGCAGACCCUAGCAGACUAGAGGAACUCUGGAGUGGGAUCCCAGCCGUCAGCAAAAUGGCAGAGGUGAAUUGGUCCAUUAUUGCGGGGAUCGCCAGCCUCUUUGAGCCAUGGGAACCUUUGGAAUUCUGACACAGUGUGAUGGAUGCAGCCACAAAAUGGCUGCCAAAGCUUACCUUCAGUUUCACAGUGAAAAUCCUUGUGCUGUGGUGGCCGCCACAGCCAAAGCGAAAAUUUUUAAAGCUUUGCAAAAACUACUCAGAUCUGCAAUCAGAAGCCUGGCUGGG